UGUGGUUGUGCCCUACAGGUUAUUGGUGGUGCGGGCCUGGACAUCGACUUCUCCCUGGAGAGCCCCUCGGGCGUGCUGCUGAUCAACGAAUACCGGAAAUCGGACGGGGUGCACACCAUUGAGCCCACGGAAGCAGGCGACUACAAACUCUGCUUUGAUAACUCCUUCAGCACUAUCUCGGAGAAGCUGGUUUUCUUCGAGCUCAUCUUCGACAGCCCCCAGGAGGACGAGGACGGGGAUAACUGGGCUGAGGUGGUGGAGCCGGAGGAGAUGCUGGAUAUGAAGAUAGAAGAUAUUAAGGAAUCCAUUGAGACCAUGAAGAACCGUUUGGAGCGGAGCAUCCAGAUGCAGACGCUGCUGCGAGCCUUCGAAGCCAGAGACCGCAACCUGCAGGAGAGCAACAUGAGCCGUGUCAACUUCUGGUCAGCCGUUAACCUGGGGGUGCUGGUGGUGGUGGCCUUCCUCCAGGUCUACAUGCUGAAGAGCCUCUUCGAAGACAAGAGGCACGUCCGAACGUAGCUUGAACGGGAGAGAAAUGGACUCCGUAUCUCCUGCGGGGGGCAGGUACAGAGCCAGACUGGUCCUGAGGCUGGUGAAUUCAAAGCCAAACACCCCAGCACCUGAUAGAUCAACUGUGUAUAGCUCUGUCAAAUCGCUGCAGCUUCUCUUCUGGGCAUCCUUUAGUGGGGUUAAAUGGGCCUGCUUUGUACCAGAGCUCACAUUAGGUGCAUUGGAGCCAGAGGGCGUGGGGCGGGUGGGGGGUGGAUCACAGAGGUUUGACUGAUGGGAUGGGUUAAAAUUGAUUCUCUAUGGACUUGAACCCCUUGGCUUGGGGGAAAGGGAUUCUACAGCCACCAGCCUGUGCCAAAAUCCACAUCCCCGAGGAUGGGAUGAAGGAAGAGCAAAGCAGGGCAUGGUGGAUGGCAGCUGAGGAGAGCAGCCGGUGGUCUCGGUACCUAGUCCCAUCAGUAAAGCAGGGUCUGGCCUGGCAGCCUCUGGUUCUGACCGUCACCAAUUAUAGGUGGGCAGGAUCCCCUGGCCUGCAACCAACUUGCUCCUGGUCCUGAAUCUCUCCUCUCUUCUGCAUUUUUGUCAAAGGAGACGCCUCCUAUGUGCCUUAACAUCAGCUCUUGGCCUGCUUGGACCUUGGCCGCGGCCUUGCUGUGUCCUGCUGCCCCUUUAGCGCUUUGUUUCCACUGUCUUUUAGUAGAGAAGAUGGGGAAUGUCCCCCCAUGUCUCCAGGGACUCCCCACGCUCUGGCCCCCUAUGCAGCAGUGAAUUGGCUCCAGUUGGCCUCCAUACUGACCCCUGGAGGAAAAGCAACCUCUUCGCUGUUUACUGCUGCAGUGCGGCUGCGGCGGGAGAGCCUUGGCUUUGGGUCCAGCCGUGUGGCUUGGUUUUGCUUAGGGCU